AUGACUUCCAAUCCUCAGAGUACCAAUGGCUCUGAGAGCGAAUUCGAGUUCAUCGAAACCCCAAAAGCUCCCACACCGACCUUUGAAAAGUUCGAGCCAUGUGGUGUAAGGACAACAGCCUACCCUGCUAUCAAGAAUGCUCCUCUGCCUGCAGAUGCUUCUGGCAAUGAUAGUUUCUCAAACACCCUCCUUUUCUCCCUCAUUGGUGGUGUCCCUCUAUACUUCUCCUGGAAGGUUGGUGGUGGAUUCAAGACCACCAUCUUCUUUGGUCUCAUCACCACUAUUCCCAUUCUCCUCGCAUUCUGGACAGUGUUCUCCAGCUUCUCUCCACGCAAAAAUGAGAAGGCCAAGUACCCAGGACGUCCAGUUGAGCAUUAUCUUACCUUUAAAAACGAAGCCGAUAAAAUAAAAUACAGCGGAAAGAACAAGAUUCCUAUGGAAACUUUCCACAACAUGUACUUCGAUGGAGAAGUUGACUUCAACGGUGACGCCCUCGAGGUUCUCGAGUACCGUCACGACUGGGCAAGCUUCAAAUUCACAAUUAGUCUUUUCAAAUAUGUCUUCUUCAACUUCGCACCAGAAGUUAUCAUGCACACUCGCUCCCAGGAUGAGGAACAAGUCCGUGAUCACUAUGACCGGGGUGACGACUUCUAUGGCUGGUUCCUUGGUCCACGAAUGAUCUAUACCUCCGGUGUUAUCUCUGACAUUAACCGUGAAGAAACUCUGGAGGAAUUGCAGGAUAACAAACUCGCCAUUGUCUGUGAAAAGAUUGGUCUUAAGCCUGGUGAGAAGAUGUUAGACAUUGGUUGUGGAUGGGGUACCUUGGCCAAAUUCGCCAGUGUUAACUUCGGUGCAAAGGCUACUGGUAUCACUCUUGGCCGUAACCAAACUGCCUGGGGUAACAAUGGACUUCGCAAAGCUGGUAUUCCUGAAGAACAAAGUAAGAUUUUGUGCAUGGAUUACCGUGACAUUCCAGUUCCUGAGGGAGGUUAUGACAAGAUUACAUGUCUCGAGAUGGCUGAGCACGUUGGUAUCCGUCACUUGACAAGCUUCUUGAAGCAAUGCCACGAUAUGCUCGAGGACGACGGAGUCAUGUUUCUUCAAGUAGCUGGUUUGAGAAAGACUUGGCAAUACGAGGAUCUCAUCUGGGGUCUUUUCAUGAACAGAUAUAUCUUCCCUGGUGCUGACGCUUCUACUCCUCUCAACAACUAUAUCAACUCUCUCGAAAGCGCUGGAUUCGAGGUUAAGGGUGUCGAUACUAUUGGUGUUCACUACUCAGCAACAUUGUGGAGAUGGUACAGAAACUGGAUGGCCAACAAGGAGAAGGUUGUCGCUAAAUACGGUAACAGAUGGUUUAGAAUUUGGGAAUACUUCCUCGCUUCCUCUACUAUUAUCUCCCGUCAAGGAUCUGCCACCUGUUACCAAAUUACCUUGGUAAAGAAUCUCAACUCUGUCCACCGUAUUGAGGGAAUUGCAACACAAUUCGGAUUGUCUGGCGCACUAGCUGCCGCCAAAGCCGAUGUUCAGGCAUACCGAUCCAGGAAAGCGGCAGGUGGUGAAGAUGUCGCCAGCGCAUAA